AUGCUGUGCACGGCUUGCCAGAGAAUUUUUACUCCCCAACUUCUCGUUGUCCACUCAACCUCAAUUGGAGAGUUAAGAAUCCACCACCGAUCUUCCAGGAGCCUCAAGCACGCUAUUGCAUUAGGAUGUUACAUCUGUAAUCGAUUAUGGGCCAGCCUACGGACUACAGACCGCGACACGGUUUCAGCCUUGGCCAAAUCCGAUCCUGUCCUUGAAGAUGUGAGUGACGUUAAGUCGCCCGGCACGCUUGCGGACUCUACGGAGCCGUUCAUUACGGCAUUUGGUGUUGACGAUGGCCCACCAUACGGCCAUCUGGGAUGGUACCAAUUGAAGCUUGCUGUCAAUGUGAAGGCAAUGAUUACUUCCGAAAUGAUGCCUAGCAGGGCGUGUUGGUGCGACGCGACCUUUGUAUUGCAGCCUCGAGACAGUAAGGCCAUACUGAGUCGCCCCCAUAUCUCUCCGCUGUCGAGGCGGGGGACCUUCAGCAAGAUAAGAAUCAGCGAGCCUCUUUCACAGAACACAAAAUCUAUCCAGUUAUUUGAUCUUGCGAAGAGCUGGAUCGCCGACUGUGAAGAAAAUCACCCACUGUGCAACAAACGUCCUUCAGAAAAGGACUGGUAUCCGACUCGUCUUCUCGAAAUUCAGCCUUCUAAUAGCGCAGGGCCACAUUGGCGCCUAAUCGAGACAAGGCAUUCCGCUAUUGACGGACCAUAUUUAACUCUUAGUCAUUGCUGGGGCUCUGCUGAGUGUAUAAAGUUAACAACUGAAAACUACCACAACAUACUCCUUGGGCUUCCCUCAACGAUUUUGCCUCAGUUGUACCAAGACGUGUUGUAUGUGGCUCUUAAUUUGGGUAUUACAUAUUUGUGGAUUGAUUCUUUAUGUAUCAUCCAGAAUGGGGAUGGAUUUGCUGAUUGGCGACAAGAAGCAUCUCUGAUGGGCGAAGUCUAUUCGAACUCGUCCUGCAACAUCUCUGCUGUGGAUGUGCCAGAUGCUCAUCAUUCUUUGUUCUGCGCCCGGAAUCCAGAAUCACUUCGCCCAGAGGUUACGUAUCUCACUACUGAUGGUCAACCUGCCCCGUACGUCAUAUCUCACCUCAAGUUUUGGGAAAGCGAAGUCUCUCACGCUCUGGUCAAUUCUAGGGCCUGGGUUCUUCAGGAACGACUACUGUCUCGUCGCAUAUUGCACUUCGGGGUCCGCCAGUUGCUCUGGGAAUGUCAAACGAAAGUCGCGGCCGAGGUCUAUCCAGAUGGCUUACCACCCGAGAUCUCCACACUUGAUUCCCGCAUCAAGAGCCUUUCCCCAGCUCGGUAUAUUCCGGUAAACUGCAGCAACGUUGCAGCUCACCUACUCUGGCCUCCAAUUGUCGAAAAAUAUACGGCAUGCAGUCUUACAUUUCCGAAUGAUAAACUCGUCGCUCUUUCUGGUAUUGCAAAGGUUCUGAGGCCAAUUUUGCAGGAUGAGUAUGUCGCCGGCAUGUGGCGACGCUAUUUAGCAUGCGAGCUGCUCUGGAAUGUGACUCCGUACCCAGAAGGUACACCAUUGGGGCAUGGGACAUAUCGUGCCCCAAGCUGGUCAUGGGCGUCAACAACUGGAGCCGUUGCAGCUGGCCGGCCAGAUAUUCAGGCUGCUGAUGUUCUUAUUACAGUGGAAUCCCUAGGCCUAGAGUACUCAACAGAUGACAAUACAGGCCUCAUCCGGAGUGGAUGGUUACGUUUACGCGGGAUGCUAAAACAGAUACUGCUGGUGAAGCCAUGUUUGCCAGAUACAUGUAACACCAAAAAUUGGAACGUAGUCAUCAACGGUUUGCAUUUCAGUGCUCUAGAUGACUACGGAAUGCAAGAAACACAGCUUCAAGUCAUGCUCGAUUCUUUUCACAAUAGCUUUAAGGAGCAAAACGCCAAUGCAGCACUGUAUUGCAUGCCUGGCAGAGUGCGGAGGACCGAGGAGGGGAGCAUAUACAUCCUGUUAUUAGAAGUCGUCGAUCGGGGGAGAGGGAUUUUCCGUCGCAUAGGGCUUGCUCGUGGGUGGGGUAUGGACUUGCAGGCAAAAGUCCUUACUCGCAGUGACGAGGAAAGCCGGUUUCCAUGUGAAGAGUAUACGGAGGACGGCCACUUGAUAUGCAUCAUCUAG